CGCGGGCUGGAGCGCACACUGCCAUGAACUUCGGAGCGUAACUUCGCCGUUUUUCUCGCUUUUCGGACGGGCUGGGAAACUACGACCAUAUAUAUUCUUUUUACCUCAUCACCACGAGCAGCAUUUGGAGAAAUUAGUUGCAACAUUUGUGCCGUUUCCCCGUGUUCAGCAGCAUGUCGUCUGCGGCGGUCGCUGCCUCGCGCAGGCAGUCGUGUUAUUUGUGCGAUCUGCCCCGCAUGCCGUGGGCGAUGAUCUGGGAUUUUACCGAGCCCGUGUGUCGCGGGUGCGUCAACUACGAGGGAGCCGACCGGAUUGAAUUUGUGAUCGAAACCGCGCGGCAGCUAAAGCGCGCGCAUGGCUUUCAGGAGGGCAGAUCACCGGGUCCGGUGGGCAAACCUGGCAAGGACAUGCAGUCCAUCAAUCACGCGGAACCGGGCUCUCGUCCUCCGCAGCCGCUGGAUCGGUACCCGUUAACGUCAGACAGACCUCCUAGACUAGGUGCGGAGUACCAACGCCAGGCGAAUGGGAUCCCGGUGCCAAACGGGUUUCCGAAGCCCGACGAACCCCCGGAGUUGAACCGACAAAGCCCGAACCCACGUCGGACCGGAGCCAUUCCACCCAACCUGGUGCCGCUUGUGAACGGGAGCAUGCCGCCGGUGCACGCGCUCAACGGGAGAUCCGUGCAGAUGGGCAUCCCCCCGGGCGCGCUGGCGGAGCAUGUGGGCAAACGAGCGGACGACAUGAAGGACAAACACCGGGCCGACAGCAUGAGCGACCCGAGCGACGGACACAAGCGGGUGGAUGAGUGGACGCAGAAGGGCAAGACGGUGCGGGAGAUGAUGACGCUGCAGACGCUCGACUCCCGGUUCAAGAAGGAGCACGCGCCGCUGCCGCACAGGAUGAGCUACGAGAGCAGCUCCGGUGCCUUAAAAACAGACCGCGGUAAGCACUCUCGGGGAAUUAAAAGGAAAACCUCUCCUGAGCCAGACGGGGAGGGCAUCGCUGUUAAACUAAACGGCGAGGGUCAACCAUGGCUGCCGUCUCCUUCAGAAGUGCUCAAGAUGCCGUCUGCCGCCCUGCCAGGAUUCGCAGCGGCUCCGCCGUCCACCAUUUCCCCACAUUCGCGCACUACACCACCAGAAGCGGCCACCGCCGUGCAGAACAGCCAAUCGCCGAUGGCUGCGCUCAUAUUGGCGGCGGAUAACGCUGGCACAGGUUCACCGAAAGACGCCGGUAAUCAGGUGCACUCCACGACCACAUCGGCCGCAGGACGGCGAAACAGCGGAAGCCCGCAAUCGCCCUCUGCUGGACAAAGGAGACCCGCUUUGGGUGCAACAGGCACCGCACACAUCCCAGGCAUGGACCCGCAGGCCGGGCACCCGCAGAGCAUUCCUGACUCCUCCGUGCCGCCUAGCAGCGUGCCGCUGUGCUGCACUUUGUGCCACGAGCGUCUCGAGGACACGCAUUUCGUCCAGUGCCCGUCUGUGCCGUCGCACAAGUUCUGUUUUCCGUGUUCCCGCGAGAGCAUCAAACAGCAGGGGGCGACAGGCGAGGUUUACUGCCCGAGUGGAGAAAAAUGCCCGCUGGUUGGUUCCAACGUGCCCUGGGCGUUCAUGCAAGGCGAAAUAGCCACCAUUCUGGCUGGAGACGUAAAGGUUAAAAAGGAGCGGGACCCUUGAUUGUUUAUUUUUAUUAAUUUUUUUUCGUAAUUUCAACACCAAUCACAACGCAUACCAUCCAAAACGUGAACUAACGGACUUGUAUAUAAGACCUUAAGGGGAACUGUACACUUGGGUAAACAUGGCUGUAUAAUUUUAUUUUGAUUCUCUUUCUUUUUGAAUACAUUGUGUUUCUAUAUUCUCUUUUUGAAGCUAAAACGGUAUGUACACACACACACACACACACACACACACACACUAAACAGAUUCCGUGUCCUCCCUCAUUCAGCGAGCGAACGCUCAGUUGGUGUACUCGUAGAACUGGUGGCAGUCCAUGUUUAAACACAGAAUGUGACUAAUACUCUUUAAGCACUUGGCGAACUGAAUCUGCUUUUAGCUGUAUUGUAUGCACUUGUUUAAAAAAAUUGCCAAAUACAAUUUCUGACCUUGUAAUAACAA